ACACACUCUCCACUUCAACACCACACAGCGAAGAGCAAUCAUUUCACACGGUGAACUGAGCCUCUUUCCUGUCCUGCAGGCAAUUAUUGUAGUUGUGUUGAUUCUAUUUUUUUUCUUUUUUUCCUUUCUUGAUCACGAAAAGCGCGUCGCAGUACCCGACUCUGCCGACCAGUUUUCCUCUUCCUUCUUUUUUUUUUUUCUUUUUUUCUUUUUGCUGGUUUUGCCCAAUCUGCAAAUUUUACUCCAGCCCAGCCCUUCCCCGCGUGCCCCUUUCUUUCAUCGCCGCGUCCACGCCCAACUUUCCCACCUCACAACAAACACCUACCUAUCAUACAAAUAACCCCCUCGCCCCCUUCCACUCUUACACCAGCGGUCUCCAUCGACCACCUAACUCAGUCCCAAUAACCAACUUACCUACUAACCGUACAGUUUCCCCUGGAGUAUUCACACCCUAGCCGAGACGCCACACACAGCCUGGCUGACCGCAUCGCGAGUUUGCUCCUUCGAACAAGCCUUGAACGGUCUUUUUCUUGGCUAGCUGGUGUAAACCAACCUGAUUUAUGAGCUUAGUAGUUCGAGGCGGUGUCCCUAUUUCGAUUUUUGACCGUCGGACUGCUCCACCUACUCCGUUUUCCGAUCUUUCUGACAACCCAGACACUCCUGGGACAGCUUACUCCUUCCAGGACCCCCCGCAACACAAAUCCGCCAACAUGCAGGCGGGAACAGCACACCAUCCGCUACCGGGUCUGUUAGACCACCAAGUUCUUCCCACUACUGACGACGAAAUGAUGGACUCGGACACCGAUAUCAGAAAAGAUUCGGAUUUUGACAUUGAGAUCGACGCCGACGAAGCUUACUCCAAUGCAGGCGGUGUCGAUCUUGAUGUUAACUACCGCAUGGAAGAAGACAACGCUGAUAAUAGCCAUCAACUCUACGAUAAUGACGAUAUCAUGUUGGAUGAAGCGGAUGAUAUCAUCUUUGAGAAACAACGGGUGGAUGGCGAAGCCGACCCUGUUCCAGAUGUGAUUCCUACGAGUACAGUUCCUGAGGCUUCGCCAAAAACACCAUUAGAGCAACGACCAACUGCCCCCGAAGAACCCAGCACCGCACAUAGCAUCCCCCCAGCCAUUCCAGAACAAGUUGAUCAGCCUUUUCUCCCACUGGAAGAACCAAAUGCCGGUGAAACUGCCCAUCUCGCAGAACCCCAGCAAACAGUAUCGCCCGCGGGAGAGUCUCAUGGUGCUCUCGCCUUUCUUGGGGAUACCGAAAAAGCUGUUGUACAUGAAGCCGUUACCCAAGACAGCGAUUUGCAACACAAGGACAAUGUUUGGAGCGAGAAUACAUCUGUAACCCUUACGAACGAAGUAGUGUCCUUGGAGGAGCGACAGGCGAAUGAAGCAACCGAGCAACCCCAUCAAUCCGUUGCAGCUGGUAAUGAAGUUGAGGAACAAGGUGCUGUCAACCUUGCGAAUGAGUCUCCUAGUCUCGACCCACAUCAAGUUGUAGUCCAGUAUGAACAAAACCACGUCUCGCUAUUCCCACCUCCUGAUAAUGUUGAUUUGCCCUUUUUUAUCAAAGAUGCCGGUGUUUGUCUGAGGGGGAUGAAUGAGUUGUUUUCGGAGCUUCGUAACGUUUUGGAUGGAUCUGUUAGCCCAGGAGAUGAGUUGGUAAUCAAGAUUGUGGAUUAUGGUGUCGAAAUUAGCGAGGUGAGCUUCUUCCUUCACCUGAUGCUCAUGGUUAUAUAUACUAACAUGUCUAAUGCUGAUAGGACUCCAAGUCUUCAUAUGAAUUUUCGCUCCAGCAUAUCCUCGAUCUUCAUGUCCGACUAAGUCUCCAGGACAACAUUGAAAAUCCAGAAGCGCUCCGUUUGGUUUUGUUUUCGCGUCCUAGCGUGUCUGACCGUAUCAAUAUGUUGCUUAGCUCUGCGAACCAAGGCCUUGGUUACAACAAGGCUAUCGAGUAUGCAGGACGCAAGUCGGGAGACAGCGACGCGAACUCCGAACAGAGAUUCGUUGAAGCAAGCGAAGGUGGAGAUUUUCAGGAAGUUGAAGCCGAAGAUUAUAAUAAUAAUGAUGACUCACCUGUGGCAUUUGCCCAUGAUACCGAUAAGCCCGCUGAAGUAGAACCUAACCUAAUAGAAAAUCAAGGCGGCGUCUCAGAACAGAAGGAGGAAUUUGAGGGAGAGGAUGAUGAUGACGACGAUGACGAUGACGACGAUUUUGACCUUGAAUAUGGAAACGACGAUAUUGCUAACGGUGUGGAGGGUGAGGAGAAUGAAGGUGGAGCCGAUCAGAAGGAUGAGGCCCCUGACUCCCCCCCUCCCAUCGCAGCUGUAUCUAGAGAUUCCCCUGCUCCUAUUAACGAAUCGCCUAACCAUGGCUCGGAAACUCCGAGAGCCCAAGAAAAUGCAGUACUCGGACUCGAGACUGUCUCUGACAGCGCCUCACCGAGAGAUACUCAAACUCCUGACGAGGUUGAGGAGAGUGUUUCCACCGUUCAGGGUGAUGAGGCUCACUCCACCGAAGAAGAGGAAGAGGAGCUGAUUGAGUAUGAGGAUUAUGAGACAUUCGGGGAGUCUGAAUCCCACCACAGCCCACACACUGUUAACUCAGAAUCAGUGGAGCAAAAUCUGGGCGAUGACGGACCACCGCCUCGCGAAGAUCCGGAACAGCAUCCAGGCAUGGUUGGGCCAGCUGGCACCCCUCGUGAGCCCUCUCUUUCCUUAUCGGCUACCCAUUUCCCUAUCUUUGUGCAAAUUCUAAUAUGGGCAACAGAAAACUAUGAGCAGGAAUCUACCGGUAACUGUAUCGAUCCAGGUGAAAAUACUGCUGAUGACAAUCAUAACGAGAGUCAUAGCCCCAGCGACGGGGACGUGAACGUAAAUAAUGAGUCAUCAUCAAUUCCCGUCUUUGGAGGCGAUGGUGAAGGUGAAGGCGAAGGCGGCUAUGUUGGAGUGCAACAUGAGGAGUAUGGUGAAUAUGAGUACGAAGGUCAGCAGGGCUUCGAAGCUGGACAGGAUGGAAACCGAGAUUAUCUCCCAAAUGACGAACGGUAUGACACUCAAGCCCCUUCGGAGAAUAAUCAUGAGUCCAACAUCCACGGGCAUAGCCAUCCGGAACAAAGUGACCAGCCAGCCGAUGACGGGCAAAACCAGUACCUUGAUGAGAGUAUCGAAUAUGAGGAUGGUUACGAACAUUACGAUGCCGAGUACGACGGCCCCGUCAACGGACAAGAUACUUUCUCCGGUGAAGCAGAGUACCAUGUUGGCUACCAGAUCUAUGACCUCAAUCAAGCCCAUCUCCGGACCGAAUAUGAUGAUGGUGGUGCGGUUGUUGCUGGUGCGAACGAGUCUGGAGUGGCCAUAAACGCUGAAAAUGAUGAGGCUGUCGAUAGUCUACAUCCACCAGAGCUCGCUCCUGAAGUGGAGUCCUUAUUUGGUUACGACAGUGAUGAAGCAGAGCAAGACAUACUAUCGGAGGAAAAACCAAGCACUGAGCAGAAGAGGAUGUACGGCGAGUUAGAACAAGACGAAGAUGAUGAUGAGAUCUUAGGUUGGUCAAAGUUCUCCAGCCCCUCCACGGCAAGUUCUCCGUCCUCUGACAGAACCUCCUCGCGGCCAGCGAAGCGCCAACGAUCAGAUUAA